CGCCAUUACCUUCCUGCAGAAGCGGUACCUAUUGAUCUACUCACAUUUGCAUGUUUUCAAACUGCUAGGUUGGCAGAAGCCUACUCCGCUCCCUGGAUUUGAACUGCCAACCUUUCAGUCAGCAAGUUCAGCAGCUCAGCGGUUUAACCCACUGCGCCACUGGGGGCUCCUCCCAAACUAUAGUUAUCCUGAAUCUAUGUCAUUGAGCCUGGCAGUUAAAAGGGGCACCAAACUGCAUUCAUUCACAGUGGAGAUGUACUCACAUUUAUCGCGACCAGUUUAAUUCCAUUUUAAAAUCUACUUUCUGCAUGUUUUUAGUUGUCUUGUUUUUUCAAGUUGUGAGCUGCUUUAGGUCCCGAUUAUGGGAGGAAAAGAGGGAUAAUUAAUGCAUUCCUAUGCACACUGCACAUGUCUUAUACUGCAAAAAAAAAACAAACAACGAAGGAACAUUACAAUAUGUAAAAUGAAGAACAAUUUUAACUGAAUUAAAAAUACCAGUAUUUCAAUGGGAAGCGUGCACCUGCUUUUGGUGGAUGAGAUAGUGAAGCUCAUUAGUAUUGUUGUUGUAGUUCUUUACCUUCAAGUCAUUUCAGACUCAGGGCAGCCCUGAGACUCAAGUUUAGGGCAGGGGCUGAGUAAAAUGUCUUGGGGGAGCGCAACCGUCCUGCAGGUAUCAGCUUGGGGACCCUUUGGCCUAGACGUUUUUCCCUUUCAUGUUUUCCAGGCAGAAAAGCUCCAUGCGGAUGUUUUGAUUGCAGAAGUAGAGUCUAGCAUUUCCCACCGUUUCAGACUAGUAUUGUCCAAGGAUGAAAAUGGAGAUCCGAGAAGACCUUACAAAUCUUAUAUUAGGGCAGGUGUCACAGGGAGUGAGAAGGAGUUGCCAUAUUGGGACAGCGGAGGCAUUCCUGCCAAAGAGACCAACAGAGGUGAAACAGGAGCCUGACAAAGACUCGCUUCAGCGGUGGGAAACCCAAUGGCAGGAGUUCCUGAAGAGCCUGGAAGGCCCUCACCCAAACUGGGGCACCUCUCAGUCGAGGGAGGAGCCGUGGGACGACGCCAAAGCCUUCCUGGCCUCCUUUGAGCAAGUGGCCCAAGCCUGCCGGUGGCCCAAGGAAGAGUGGGUACCCCGGCUCCUGCCAGCAUUGAGCGGAGAGGCCAAGCGGGCCUUCACUGGCCUGGAGGCCAAAGACAGGGAGGAUUAUGGGAAAGUGAAGGCCACCAUAUUGCACAGGGAUGCCAUGUGGCAAGAGGAACAGCGGCAGUGUUUCCGGCAUUUUCGCUACCGUGAGGCUGAGGGUCCGAGAGGGGCUUACGGGCAGCUUCAGGAACUGUGUUGUCAGUGGCUGAAACCUGAAAGGCAUUCAAAUGAGCAGAUCCUGGAGCUGCUGGUCUUGGAGCAGUUCUUGGCCAUCCUGCCUCCAGAGAUAGAGGCCUGGGUCAAGGAAUGUGGUCCAGAGACUUGCUCCCAGGCGGUGGCCUUGGCGGAGGACUUCCUCCAGAAGCAGCGAGAGGCCAAGAGGCAAGCAAACCAGGUGCUGUCAGAGGAGAUGAUGGGUUCCCCUGAAGGUGUCCAAGCCUUGCCUGAGAUUGAGCAGAAGAAGCUUAGUGUGAAGACCAAACAGGAAGAUGACGAUGGGGAUGCUGGGCCCUUGGGUGAUGAAAGGAAAAGUGAGAAAGGGGGGCCACCAGGUGAGGAUUCCCCAGAAAGAACAGAGUGUGAAACAUUGAAGGAGAAUGUCUGGAGCCAAGAUGGGUCAGUAAGCCAAGGCAGAAGCAACAUGGAUGAGCCAGGAGCCAAAUCCUUCCCAUUUCAGGUGGGAGACUCCCAUGAAAUCUCAAUCCAGCAGGAAAGCGAGGAAGAAAAAAAGGGGAUUGCUUCCUCCAGUGUUCAUAGUCGAAUUUUCCCUGAGUACAGAUCAGAUUUAAUGUUUGCAAAGACUUUGAAUCAGAGUGGAAACCUUACAGAAUGUGAAACGCUUUAUGAAGGGACGAUUUCCAACAUAUAUCUGAAUCAAAGUGUUUCUGCAGAUGGGAGAAAGUGUAUAAAUUCGGAUCUCGGUAAGAUGAAGCAUCCAAAGAUCCAGAAAGGGAAGAAGCUAUUUAAAUGUUUGGAGUGUGGGAAAUGCUUUGGUCGGAAGACCCACCUCUUAAGACACCAGAGAGUCCACACUGGGGAGAAACCAUAUGAGUGCUUGGAGUGUGGGAAAUGCUUUGGCCAGAGUGUCCAUCUCAAGUCACACCAGAUAAUCCACACUGGGAAGAAACCAUUUGAGUGCUUGGAGUGUGGGAAAUGCUUUGGUAAGAGUGUCUGUCUCAAGUCACAUCAGAUAAACCACACUGGGAAGAAACCGUAUCAGUGCUUGGAGUGUGGGAAAUACUUUGGUAAGAAUGCUUGUCUCAAGUCACACCAGAGAGUCCACACUGGGGAGAAGCCGUAUCAGUGCUCGGAGUGUGGAAAAUGCUUUGGUCAGAGUGCCCAUCUCAAGUCACACCAGAUAAUCCACACUGGGAAGAAACCAUAUAAGUGCUUGGAGUGUGGGAAGUGCUUUGGUCGACGUUACCAUCUCAAGUCACACCAGAAAAUUCACACUGGGGAGAAGCCCUAUAAAUGUACAGAGUGUGGAAAGAGGUUCAGUGACCGGUCCACCUUUGUCAGACAUAAGAUAAUCCACACCAGAGAGAAACCAUACACCUGUUCAGAUUGUGGGAAGGGCUUCAGCCGAAAUAGCAGCCUGACUUUACAUCAGAGAAUCCAUGGUGAGAGAAGAUCCUUCACAAAAAUCAACAUUUGCUGAAUGUCAGCAUGGCUGUGUUAAGUCUUUUCACUGAAUGCAACAAACGUCUAGUGGCAUCUUAAAAAGGAAUACUCUAUACCAGGUGUCCUCAAACUUUUAAAGAGAGGGCCAGUUCAUGGUCCCUCAGACUGUUGGGAGGCCUCACUAUAGUUUGAAGAAAUAAUGAAUAAUUUUUAUGCACACAGCACAUAUCUUAUUUGAAGAGAAUAGAAUGAAUUUACCGUAUCAUUGUACAACGAAAUUAAAUGUUUCCCCAGCACACAUCACAAAAACAACACACCCAUCCCUCUACUGUCCAACCACCAUCGCACAGCCUCCAGUGCCACAUCAAUGCGAAACCAUGAAGUUCAAUAUUGCUACAGCUUUAGGAUAAAAUCUGUCUCUCA